UAUACAACUAUAACAACUAUGGGAAUGACUCAUGCAAUUCACUAUCAGAAUCUUCCCCAUGAACCAAUGAGCAAGUCUACUCGUUGAUUCUUCAGGAAGAAAAGCAAAGGGAGGCAAGAAUGCAACCUCCCUCAAACGAUCACAUCAGCCUCUCUGCUAGUUAUGACAAUCGCAACUUCAGAAAUCGAAGUGGUAAGAAGCCAACAUACUUUUGCAACCACUGCAAUAUUACAGGUCAUUCCAGAGAGCGCUGCUUCAAACUGAAUGGAUACCCUCCAAACUUUAGAGAAGGGAGGAUCAAAGGAGAUAAAGUGCCAAAGCCAAACAGUGGUGACCAAAGCAAAACUGCCUUCAUCGCUGCAACUUCCAAUACCCAAUCAAAUGACUCCGGUAAGGAACUUGCUCUUGCUUUCACUGUUGAAGAGUUUUUACAACUGAAGCAAAUACUCAAGGACCGAUCAACACCACUUACCUCGUUCGCAGGACCCGACCUUCAAGACAACGAUUGGUCUGGCUGAACUGCGAGGUGGCCUUUACAUCUACAAGUUCUCAUCGACACAACCAACAGCCUCAAUCCUGAACUGCAACCAUGACCCGACAGAUCUGUGGCAUAUUAGAUUAUGACAUCCUUCACCAACCAAAAAUGUCUUGUUUUCUGAAUAUGAUAUAAACAUCAAACAAUCAAACAGUUUUUGUGAUGUCUGCAAGUUGUCUAAACAGUCUAGACUUUCGUUUGAAUCCAAUAAAGUGCAUUCUGUUGCUCCUCUUGAACUUCUUCACUGCGACAUUUGGGGACCUUAUUCGAAAGCUUCAUUCUCAGGUGCCCAUUACUUGUUAUCCAUCGUCGACGACUACACCAGGUCUGUUUGGAUCUACCUAAUGAAGUUCAAAAGCGAAACUUACCUGCACUUGAAAAAUUUCAUUGCUCUAGCUGAAAGACAAUACCAUCACAAUGUCAUUAAGGUGAAAACCGACAAUGGUGCAGAGUUCUUCUCUGACGAAAUGAAAAAACUUCUGUUGGAGCAUGGAAUUGACCAUCAACACACCUGCACCUACACUCCUCAGCAAAACGGGGUUGUAGAGAGAAAGCAUCGGCACAUACUAAAUGUGGCGAGAGCCCUGAAAAUUCAAUCUGGACUGCCAAUAACGUUUUGGGAUGAAUGUGUCCUCACUGCCACUUACCUGAUAAACAGG